UCCUCUCACCAGUACUGAUCAUCAUCUUCAUCUUCUUUGGAUGCUGUUCUUGUUCCAUGGGUGCAGUAAUUAACGUAGACGUGGGAGUGAUUUUGGACAUGGAAACCGACCAAGGAAAGAUGGGUCUUACCUGCAUUUCCAUGGCCAUGUCCGAUUUCUACGCUAAUAUUAAUAAUAAUUCUCAUUCAAAAUAUCACAAAACCAGAAUUUCCCUCCAUGUUAGAGACUCCAAAGGAACCGUUCUUGCUGCUUCUGCUGCAGCUUUGGACCUUUUAAAAAAUGUGGAAGUAGAAGCCAUCAUAGGGCCUCCAACCUCAAUGCAAGCUGACUUUGUCAUUAACAUGGGGGAAGAUGCUCACGUUCCGAUUGUUUCUUUUUCGGCUACAAGUACGUUUCUCUCUUCCCUUCGUAGCGAAUACUUUGUUCGUGCCACAUUGAAUGACUCGAGUCAAGUUGAUGCUAUUGCAUCUCUUAUUCAUUCAUUCGGGUGGCGAGAAGUCGUUCCCAUUUACGUGGACAAUGCAUUUGGAGCAGGUAUCUUGCCAUUUCUUGCCAAUGCCUUGCAAAAGGUUGAUGCUCGUAUUUCUCAUAGAAGUUUCAUUCAUCCUUUAGCUAGCGAUGACGAGAUAUUAGUUGAGCUUUAUAAGCUUAUGAUGAUGCAAACUAGGGUCUUUAUUGUACAUAUGGACCACAUGCUAGGCUUUAGAUUAUUUAACAAGGCCAAAGAGAUUGGGAUGAUGAAUGAAGGAUAUGUUUGGAUCACAACCAAUGGAAUAACAAAUACAUUAAGUAUAAUCAACCCUUCUAACUUAGUCGAGAUAGACUCAAUGCACGGUGUUCUUGGAAUAAAACCUCACAUUCCAAGAACAAGACGGCUAGAAGAUUUUAUAUCUCGAUGGAAGAGUGAAGCCCGAAAAAAUAACUUAGAUGAUAGAAAUCUAAAUACUAUUGGGUUAUGGGCGUAUGAUGCUGCAACUGCACUUGCUAUUGCAGUAGAAAAAUCUUAUAAAGAUAACUCAACCUUUAAGGAGAUUAGGGGAUUAAACUCAAGUGGUACGAAUGAUCUCGAGACUAUUGAAAUUUCUCAAAUGGGAAAAUUCAUUAAUCAAGAAUUAUCGAGAACUAAGUUUAAAGGCAUUAGUGGAGAUUUUCAUAUCAUGAAUGGGGAGCUACAAUCAUCCUCCUUCCAAAUUGUAAACUUUAUUGAUGAUCUUGGUGAAAGAGGUAUCGGAUUUUGGACACCAACAAAUGGGAUAUCGAAAGAUUUGAAAGAUAACCACCAAGUGAAUUCCAAUACCAAACUAAAAUCUGUCAUUUGGCCCGGCGAAGGUCGAUCGACUCCGAAGGGCUGGGGUAUUCCGUCGGGAGGAAAACCAUUGAAGGUUGGAGUGCCCGUGAAUGAAGGAUCUGGAGACUUUGUGAAAGUUACAAUAGAAAAUGAUACAAAUGUGACCAAGGUUACUGGCUAUUGUAUUGAUGUAUUUGAUGCUGUGAUGGCUAGAAUGCCAUAUUAUGUUUCUUACGAGUACCACCCUUUUAUGGGUAGCAAUGGGAUGGCCAUAGGUGACUACGAUGACUUGGUAUAUCAAGUUUUUCUUGGGAAUUUUGACGUUGUGGUUGGAGAUGUGACGAUAGUAGCAAAUAGAUCUUUGUACGUGGAUUUCACAUUACCAUACAUGGAGUCAGGGGUUUCGAUGAUCAUGCCCUACAAGGACAAGAAAACUAAAAACCCUUUGGCUUUCUUGAAGCCAUUAACAUGGGAUCUAUGGGUCACUAGUGGAUGUUUCUUCAUAUUCGUUGGAUUCGUGAUUUGGAUUCUUGAGCAUAGAUCUAAUGACGAUUUUGGGGGCUCUCGACUUCAUCAAGUCAGCACUAGCUUUUGGUUCUCCUUCUCUAUAAUGUUCCUUGCACAUAGUAAUAGAUUAAUUCCUCUCCUAACUUAUUUAUAUAUUCAUUUUCAGUUUAACUUAUUCUCAAUGACAUGCAUGGCAUGUGUAGGGGAACAGGUGGUUAGCAAUUUGGCUAGACUAGUGGUGAUCAUAUGGUGCUUUGUGGUUCUAAUUUUGACACAAAGUUACACGGCUAGCUUGACGUCGUUAUUGACGGUUCAACAACUCGUGCCAUCGGUUACAAACGUAAAUGAUCUUAUCCUUAAAGGAUAUAGUGUUGGAUAUCCUGAAGGAACAUUUCUUUUGAGGUUCCUUAAACAUAUGGGUUUUAAGGAUUCUCAACUUAAGACAUACAACUCGAUGGAAGAAUUGGAUGUCGAGUUCUCGAACAAAAGAAUUGUGGCUGCUUUUGACGAAAGCCCUUAUUUGAAGCAAUUUAUUGGGAAGUACUGCUCAAAGUAUACCAUGGAGUCUAUUUCUAGGACAGGAGGCUUUGGAUUUGCUUUCCCGAAAGGAUCACCAUUGGUAGCCGAUGUUUCAAUGGAGAUUUUAAAUGUAAUUGAAGGAGAUCAAAAGAUUGAGAAGCUGGAAAAGGCAAUGUUUAUGGGUGGAAAAAACUGUCCACAUGAUCAAGAUCCGAAGGUAGAUUCAAAUAGACUUAGUCUCGGGAGUUUUUGGGCAUUGUUUCUCAUUGUUGGCGUUGCUUCUUCCUUCGCUAUAAUUAUAUUCCUCGCCAUGUUAAUCUUCGAGCACAGACAUUUCUUGAUGCGAUACGAUCUCAAGUCUUGGCUCAAGAGAAUGAAAAACAAGGAAAAGAAAAAUCACAAAGACAAUAUGGAUCUUCACCAAAUUGAAGGCGAUCGUCAUGAUGAUAUUGGAGAUGUACAAGAACCUGUUGGUAAUGUAACAUUCACACCAUCCCCGGGUGCUCCCUUCAUUCCUAGCCGGUCUAGUAUUUCCGAAGAUAUGGACUUUGUCAUUGCGAGUGGAAGAGAACGCGAAGCUUAUUCAACCUUCGAGCCCGGGCCAAACUCGUUUGGUCAUGAAAUCCAAUUACAAGAGAUAAUGGAAGCUUUUGAUAGACAAGGCAUGCAUGAUAUUCAAGAACUUACCCUAAGGAUAUAUGAUCAAAGGCAACAAUAUUGAUUACAUUAUA